UAUUCCUCAUGGUGGCGGGGGUCCUGGUGUAGGUCCUAUUGGAGUGAAAUCACAUCUUAUGCCUUUCUUACCAAAACAUCCUAUCGUAGAGACCGGUGGCGGAAAGGGCAUUGGUCCCGUAGCUGCGGCACCUUAUGGCUCUGCAAACAUUUUACCUAUUUCUUGGGCCUAUAUUAAGAUGAUGGGUGGAGAAGGACUUAAAUCCGCAACUCAAUUAGCAUUACUCAAUGCCAACUAUCUAGUACGUCGUUUGGCUAGUCAUUACAAGAUUUUAUAUACCAACAAAAAUGGCAUGUGUGCACAUGAAUUUAUUGUUGACAUUGGUCCUUUCGGAGGCAGCGCGAACAUACAAGCUAUUGAUAUUGCCAAACGUCUCCAGGAUUAUGGUUUCCAUUCUCCGACAAUGUCUUGGCCGGUUGUUAAUUCCUUGAUGAUAGAACCGACCGAGUCCGAAUCGAAAGCAGAACUGGAUCGUUUUUGCGAUACGAUGAUUUCAAUUAGAAAAGAAAUUAGUUCGAUUGAACAGGGUUCACAACCAAAAGAAGAUAACGUGCUUAAGAACUCGCCACAUACAAUACAAGUUUUGGUUAAGGAUACGUGGGAUAAAUCAUACACGAGAGAAGAGGCUGCUUUCCCUUUAAAAUAUUUGAGGGAGCGAAAAUUCUGGCCAACUGUUGGAAGAGUUGAUGAUGCUUUCGGCGAUAAGAAUCUUAUGUGCUCAUGCCCUCCAAUUGAAGAUUAUAUAGAAUAA